AUGAUCUGGGGAAAUCGUUCACUAUUGAUGGAAUUUGUGUUCCUGGCCUAUCCGUCCAAACCAGAGCUCUGUGUCUUGUCCUUCUUGGGAGUCAGCCUCAUUUAUACCUUGAUCAUCACUGGGAAUGUCUUAAUUAUAGUGGCUAUCCAGAGAGAAGCCCGCCUACAUACACCCAUGUACUAUUUUUUGGGCAGCCUCUCAGGAGUAGAAAUAUGUUACACUGCGGUGGUGGUGCCCCACAUCCUGGCCAACAUCCUACAGUCAGAGAAGACCAUCACCCUCCUGGGCUGUGCCACUCAGAUGAUCUUCUUCAUUGGGCUUGGCAGUGCUGAUUGCUUGCUCUUGGCCACCAUGGCCUAUGACAGGUAUGUUGCCAUCUGCCACCCCUUGCAGUACCCUCUCACCAUGACUUUAACUCUCUGUGUCCGCUUGGUCAUGGCGUCUGUGGGCAUCGGCUUGUUCCUGUCCACACAACUGGUGGCCUUCAUCUUCUCUCUGCCAUUCUGCCGGGCUCGGAGUAUCGAGCACUUCAUUUGUGAUAUUCCACCAGUGAUGCCUCUUGUUUGUGCCAACAGCCACAUCCAUGAGCAGUCAGUGCUGGUGGCAGCCACACUGGCCAUUGCCAUGCCUUUCUUCUUCAUUGCUACCUCCUAUGUCUUCAUUGUGGCUGCCGUGCUCAAAAUCCACUCAACAGCUGGACGUCACCGGGCCUUCUCCACCUGCUCCUCCCACCUCUCUGUGGUCCUGCUGCAGUAUGGCUGUUGUGCCUUUGUGUACCUGCGCCCCAGCUCUAGCUACUACACCAAGCAAGAUCAGUUCAUCUCACUGGUGUACACAUUGGGAACCCCACUGCUCAACCCACUUAUCUACACCCUGAGGAACAGUGAAAUGAAGGGGACCCUGGGGAAAAUUCUUACCAGGAAUUGCCUCUCCCAUAACAACCAGGGGAGUCUACAACCUUCAGGCAAGAGUUUGAUUCCAGCUCAUGCAAAUCUCCAUGAAACUGCGAUUUCUCCCAGAUAA